UCAUCCAAACAUUUAUGGAAGGAGUCUCCAGUUUUACACUAGUAUAGGAGGUUAUACUUUGCGGUUUCUCGGUAAAAAUGAGAAACAAUGACGUAAGUGAUGACAGGAACUUUCCGCAACAUUAAAAACAACCAUAAAUGGAUAAAAAGACAACGUCUCAUUUCAUUAAUAAUUCAAUUAUUCUUCUCCUAUAACAGCGUCUCCCAAAGUGCUUUAUUCCUUACGGUAGACUGGAUACUAAUAACCACAGAUUUAUUGGCCGCUCCUGAUCUUCUGGACCCCAAAGCUGCUGCUCACAACUCCAAGCCCCGCCUGUCUUUCUCUGCCAAGCCGGUGGUGUUGAACACUCAGGAUGACUUUGAGCCGCGCGUGAGCGUCAUGCGCUGGAAAACCGUGCUCACCGUCUUCCUUCUGGUCGUCCUCUACCUUAUCAUGGGAGCCACCGUGUUCAAGGCACUGGAGCAGCCGCACGAGAACUCGCAGAAACUCGCCAUCCUCAGCCAGAAGCUUCAGUUUCUCAUAGAUCACCCUUGCGUCAACUCCACCGAGCUGGAGGAGUUAGUGAAGCAGGUGAUGUCAGCCAUCCGAGCGGGCGUGAACCCUUCUGGAAAAUCGUCCAAUGUGACAAGUUUGUGGGAUCUGAGCAGCUCCUUCUUCUUUGCCGGGACUGUUAUCACCACUAUAGGCUUCGGGAACAUUUCCCCUCAUACAGAAGGAGGCAGAAUAUUCUGCAUAGUGUACGCGCUGCUGGGAAUCCCUCUGUUCGGCUUCCUGCUGGCGGGAGUGGGCGACCAGCUGGGGACCAUAUUCGGAAAGGGCAUCGCUAAAGUGGAGAAGAUGAUUGUGAAGUGGAACGUGAGUCAGACGAAGAUCCGUGUGAUCUCCACGGUGCUCUUCAUCCUCUUCGGCUGCCUCCUUUUCGUCACGUUGCCGGCCAUCAUCUUCAAGCAUAUUGAAGGCUGGAGCGCCCUAGAGUCCAUUUACUUUGUCGUCAUCACCUUGACGACCAUCGGCUUUGGCGAUUUUGUUGCAGGUGAGGGCGAACGCCGUCACCACCAGGAGAGCAACGGUGGCUUGGAGAUGGAAUACCUGGACUACUAUAAGCCGGUGGUAUGGUUUUGGAUUCUGGUGGGACUGGCCUACUUCGCCGCAGUGCUCAGCAUGAUCGGAGACUGGUUUCGGGUCAUCUCAAAGAAAACAAAAGAGGAGGUGGGCGAGUUUCGAGCGCACGCUGCCGAGUGGACAGCCAACGUUUCUGCCGAAUUCAAAGAGACACGUCGUCGCCUCAGCGUUGACAUCUACGACAGGUUCCAGCGUGCCGCUUCCAUCAAGCGCAAGCUCUCGGCCGAGCUCGGCCUCAACAACGUGCCAAUGAACCAGGAGAUGACGCCGGGCAAGCGGGCACGCUCCGUCAACUUAGGAGACGACAGAGAGAUGUAUCCAGCCUUCACGCUAGCACACAACGGCAGCCUGUUCCUCAACGGCCUCAGCCCGGAGUACGCCGACCGCCGUGACAUCGCCAUAAUAGAACACCUGAAAUGAGAACCGAGAAGGAACGAAAGAGAGAUGGAAAAACUAUGAGAGCGGAACGGUGGAGGGAGAACCGAGCGAAAGGCGUGACGGGACGAGGGUGCCGUGUUUACCAGAAACCCGUGCGUUGGAUUACAGGAUUAGAACGUGUACCCCUGACUCCACCCCUUUCUCUGAGAAGCUCAUCAAUGAGCUCACAAGUCUCUGACCAAUGAAGAUGUUCUUCACUGCACCACUUUGUAUCAUCAACGAUGAACGAGCUGUGUCUUUUCUACUCGCUCCUGUUUUAAAACAAAACAAAAAAACUUCUUAAAAAGAUUCUUCCUCUAAAACAAAGCGACGAGGAAAAACUUCUGGAACAAUCCGAAUGCGUCUCUGUCGUUCUCAAAAAGGCCAAACUGUGUUUCCUU